AUGUCCGGUCAAUCACCAAUCCCUAUCAUUCUUUGCGGAAAGACCGAGUUUAUUGGUCAGAGAGUCGUUGAGGCAUUGAAACCUGAGAUUGAAGUUGUCCACUUUAUUCUCCCUGGAGAAUCAGGAAAAGUUAUCAUUCCCGAACUCCUACGCGGUAAUCCGGCGCCCUCUCAUCCCGACACGAGCAAGAUUGGGUCAGGAAAUUACACGCAAAUUCCCGAGGCUGUGGUAUUAGGCGGUGCGUUCGAGGACGCAGAUAUAGAAGCAUUGCGCAAUGCUGUCAAGGCUGUGGAUGGGACGCGCGGUGUAGCAUGGGUUCGUCAGGAUACUACUCAACCUGCACCUCCGGUUACAUCGCCAGAGUACGCCAAACUCAUGACAAAAAGGACAAAAGAUUCAGUCAUUCGCCUGCAUAAAGACGUCAAGUUGGACAGAACCAAUGAUAGAAUUGAGUGGUAUUAA